AUGAAGUACAUAGCUGAUAGCAUUGAGGUUCAUAAAAUGGGUGAGCGAACUGCAUGGAAGGAAAGACAAAACGGCAACUUUAAAAAUAAAAGCGCAAAAGGCGUGUUAAAGUUUAGAAUCGCUUGUCAAAAUUCAUAUGAGCAGUUUCUUAAUAAUAUAUUUCCUCAUUGCUUAGCCUUCGUUUAUAUGAAUUGGCUUGCGUGGAGAUUAGAGUAUAGUAGUGGUUGUAAGCAUUGGGCUUGUCAUUUUAAAGCAUGCUCAAUCGGAGCGAAAAAUGGGUUAGGAACUGUGCAUUUCUGA